CGUUCGUGUUUACAUCGUCUCGAAGGGGAAACUUUAAAAGAAGCAUAUAUAGAGGUGUUAGAUCCCCGGAAUUCUUGAGUUUUUAGCUUCACAUAAUGUCCAGAAAGCGUCUUAGAUGACCUGAACUUCUGAAGUUGCGUUCACAAGCUCGGAAAUGUGCCGAAAGAGAGAAUACGUAUGAUUUCUUGUCAGUGGAGAUGAGGAAUGUUUAGGAUGCGUGAAAGUUUCCUCUGUUUUUGGUGCUUCGCACAAAGAUGACCUUGGAGGUGGUGGAGUGUCUUCUUUGAGGAAGAUACAAACUGUCUUUUAAUCGGAAAGAGAUUUGCGGUAGCUCGUUUAACAUUUCGGUGUUUAACCACGUUAAUAAGAGCUACAAUCACAAAAUGGCGGCUAAUGGGUUGAAUGUGAUUGUUGUGUUCCUUGUUGCAUUUUGUCUGGAAAGUUGCCAUUUAUGUGGAAGAACUGUUUUAACAGAUUUACGAGGAACGAUCACCGAUGGACCCGGUAACUAUCCGGAAAACAAACUAUGUGAAUGGCUUAUUAAAGCUCCACAUCCAAAUGUUUCUAUUACAUUGAAAUUUAUAGAAUUUGGGACAGAAUGUUCUUAUGAUUAUUUGUUCAUUCAUGAUGGUGACUCCUACCUCUCUCCUCUCAUUGGAAGCAUCAGUGGGAACAAUUCCUUACACACAGUUGUAUCUCAUUCAGGACAGAUGCUUAUCAAUCUUUAUAGCGACACCAACUACUCCCUCCAUGGGUUCAUUGCUAACUAUACAAUAGAAAACUGUACAGAUGGAUGUUCUGGCAAGGGGAUUUGUAAGGAUGGGUUCUGUCAGUGUGACAAAAAUUGGAGAGGCAAAGCGUGUGACCUGCCUUCUUGUCCAUUGAAUUGCAACAAUGCAGAAGCUCAGGGAGAAUGUGAUUUUGCCCAAGGACAUUGUGUCUGUAAAAGUGGCUUUAUUGGAGAAUCUUGUUCUGUUUCAACAAUGACUGAUGCUGACUCUAACAAGUGGUUCACCAUUUCAUCAUCAUCUCAAAUUUUCCAUCCAAGAACAGCACAUUCUGUGGUUUAUUCAGAGGAAAAGGAUGUGUUACUUUCCUUUGGAGGUUAUUCUUUAAGUAUGGUAUUUGAUGACUUGUUACAGUUUAAUUUUACCUCAAGCCGGUGGAGUGAGGUUCUAACUGGCUCUCCUAAACCUGUUGGUAGAUUUUCUCACUCCGCAAACCUGUAUCUUGACAGCAUGGUGCUAUUCGGGGGGGAAUUAGAAAAUGGGAACCUAACCAAUGAACUUUGGUUGUACAACAUUACUCUUGGAAAAUGGACAGAGCUAGCUGUAAAUGACAGUGAAAAACCACCUCCUCUGGCAGAACAUACGGGGACAAUAGUGGAUGAUGAACUGUACAUUUUUGGUGGUCGAACCCUUACAGACCCAUUUUCUUCAGCUAUGUAUUCAUAUUCUUUACCAAACCAAAGUGGUUGGAAGAGGAUUUCAUAUAGGAGAGGAAAGGAAGCACAUUUGCGCAUGUUGGGUCACUCAGCAAUUUAUUAUGCAGACAUGCGCUCUCUUGUCAUUUUUGGUGGAUUUGUACCCAGCAUGCCAAGGAAAAGUAAUCAAUCCAACAAACUUCUGGUGUUUCAUCUCGAUCUUCAUGUGUGGUCCACAAUAGACGUUAAAGGUUUUGUUCCGAGAGGCCGUGCAUUUCACUCUGCUGUGUUGAUUGGAGAUUAUAUGAUAAUUUAUGGUGGAAACAUUCAUGAACAUUACCGUGAAGAAAUUUGUUAUGACAACAAAACUCUGUUUUACCACCUGAAAUGCAAUAAGUGGAUUUCAGCAUCAACAUUUGAUGCUCUUUCUCCUUCUGAUGGAAAUCCUCAGCAGGGACGAUUUUCCCAUUCGGCUCUUCUGCGAAAGGGACGAGUCAUGCUUGUGACUGGUGGCUUUGCUGGGCUGCCACUUGGAGAUGUCUUGGGCUAUAAAUUACCAGUUGCCAUAGCAGCAAAAAACACUGUAGGUGGACACUGUGAAGGCUAUAGUACACAGACAAGUUGUCGGGAAGACCCAGAAUGUGGGUGGUGCAGUUCACCAAAAAAGUGUCUGAGCCGUGAUUUGUCAGCAAAUUGUUCAGUUAGCCUGAUACAGGGCUCAUGUCCUGGACCGUGUGCUAUUUAUUCACAGUGUAGUAGUUGUUUAUCAUUUGGUGGUACUCACUGUGGCUGGUGUGUACAGGACAGUAGGUGUUACCCCAUUUACUCACCAAUAGGAGCCUGUCAGAGUGGUGCUGUCAGCAGCAAAGUCAGAGGCUGGUGGGGAAAUGAAGGACAGUUUCUAACGUCAUUAAGCCAGUGUAAAACAAUGGAUUUUCCACCUGGUCUGACAGUUGUGGAGUACAGAGAAGUCCCAAACAUUACCUUUCCUGAUGGCAUAAGGAUUGUCCCAGAAUCAGAGACAAACAUUUUGCAGCGUAUGACUGAGAUGAUUGGCUUUGUUUAUCCAUUUAAGUUCAAAACAGCACCUUGGACAUCCUACGCAUUGUAUCUUGUACUUAGCAACGUUAAAGAUACGGAAGCAAAGCUUUGGCUGAGUACGGAUGAAACUGAGGCAAAGAGAGAGUUGGUAGCUUAUUGUACAGAGUCAGGGUCUCUGCCAUGUACAGUUGUAGCUCAGCGCAGUAACAAUCAGCCCUUGUUCCCAUCUCCAUCUGAAGGGAAGAAGUAUUAUUUAAGAGUUGAAGUUAACCAGAGUUUAGAUGCAUCUGUUGAUCCUGAUGUUCGUCUGGAGUGGAACAAAACAGAUUCUCUGCUCUCAAUGGUGCCUAUAACUUCUCAGUUCCUCCAGCCAUACGCCAGUUCAAAUGGUGAUUGUUCUGCGCAUAAGACUUGUUUGGCCUGCAUGACAGAUGCAUCAUGUGGAUGGUGUGUGACAGCUUGCUUGUCACGCAAUGCUCCCCCUGGUUCAUGUCAGGACGGUGUUGGAAAUCUAAGAAAUAUCACCUUAAAUGUGACCGAGUGCACCUUGUGUUCUGACCACGUGGACUGCCAAUCUUGUGUGCAGGAUGGUGGCUGUAAGUGGGCUAAAAUAUCAAAUACGCUUGGUUGUUAUCGCAAAGGAAUAUCUAGUUUACCAGGAAAAACUAUUCAGGAGUGUAAUAGCCCUUGUCCAAGUCGCAAAACUUGUAGCAGUUGUGUAAGUGACAAUGUAGGAUGCACCUGGUGUGACAAAACCCAGAGUUGCUUUAUGUUUGGAACAUACACAUCACGAUAUCCAUAUGGACAGUGCCCUCACUGGAUUGAUAGUGGAGGAAAGUGCUCUAAUUGUAGUCAGCACACGGCGUGUAAUGACUGCUUGAAGGACAUAAGAUGUGGCUGGUGUGGAAAUGACUUUGAUCCACGUAUUGGAAGAUGUUAUGCUGGAGGGUUUAAGUCACCUGACAAUGGACAAUGUUCAAGUUUAUUUCCAACGAACGGAAGUACUGUGUGGUCUUACUCAGAGUGUCCAGAUGUAGACGAGUGUAAGCUGGGCUUGGCUCAGUGUCAUCCUAAUGCCUCGUGUGUGAACCAGCCCGGCUCAUUUAAAUGUGUCUGUAACAGAGGUUUCACAGGGGAUGGUGUAAAUGUUUGCAAUAAAACUUGCUAUCAUGACUGCGGGAAUCAUGGUGUUUGCAGUGCAGACUUCACGUGUGAUUGUAAUCUAGGCUGGCUGGGCGAAAACUGUUCAGUAGAUUGUGGUUGUAAUGGACACAGUGACUGUUCCCAAGGCAUUGGUAUUUGCGACAACUGUCAAGAUUAUACGUACGGUGCACAUUGCGAGCUCUGCGUUCCCGGGUCAUUUGGUAACGCAACAACUUCUGAAGGUUGUAAACCAUGUCAGUGUAACGGUCAUGGUGAUCCAGACAAGCAUUUUUGUAACAUGACAACUGGACAGUGCUAUUGUACUGAUUUCACUAUGGGGUUCCAUUGUGACAAGUGUAUGCCGGGACUCAUGGGAAAUCCAACGAAUGGUGGAUUGUGUUUCCAUGAAUGUAAACCUCGCAGUAUCCUCACUGACAUCUCGGAAGGUUUCAUUUCAACUGAAAUGGGCAGAGGAGUGCAGAACAAGAAGGAAGCCAGCUGUUUAUGGCUGAUCUCUUCACUGAGUAACAGCAGCCAUAUUGUCGUGUAUGGUCCGUCUCCUCCACCUGUGGAAAAGAGAGGGCAUAUUAUCCUCACAUUCAGGGAUCUUCGCAUCAAUUGUCUCACUGAUCAUGUCGAAGUGUACGAUGGUCUUCCUCCUUUUGUACUGGAUAAUUCGUCGUCCGUCCAGUCAUUUUACAAGCUGGGGUCGUUCUGCGAUUGGAGUGGAAACAAGUUAAGAUCUGCCACGGCUGAGUUGGGGAACAUGGUUGUACUCGUCAAGGUUGAUUUGAGUUCCGGUGCACUUUCAAAGGGCUUCAGUGCGAAGUUCAAAGUCAGAAAAUGCCCAGAUCUCUGUGAUGGAAAUAUGAAAUGUGUGAUGACCUCACAUGGUGAGCAAUGUGUUUGCUUAGACGGGUGGACAGGGGACGCUUGUAACCAACAGUUGUGUCCAAACAACUGCAGCUUGUCGUUUGGCCAAGGACACUGUAAUCAGACUUUAGGAAGCUGUAUUUGCUCCAGUGGUUUCGCUGGCCCCGACUGCAGUCAAGUCAUCACUCCUGGUGACGGGGUGUGGGAGGUUCUCAGUGGUGGACCACACCCUAACAAAAGUACCAAUCGCUUGGCUCGUAUGGGGCACACCAUGGUGCACGGACCAGGAGUUUUGUUGGUUUACGCUGGUUAUUCCUUCACCUACGGACUGUUGGACGAUCUUUAUAGUUACAAUUUAACCUCCAAUACUUGGUCACUUAUGGAAGUGAAUCGUGUCAACGUGACGGUUCCCCCUGCUCGAUAUCUUCACUCGGCCGUAUUUCAUACAGACGCUAUGAUGGUUUAUGGAGGAGAAACUGAUGAUGGUGCUGAUGAUUCGCUCUGGUCAUUUAAUACGACAAGUUUCCUUUGGAAUAAGUUGAUCAGCAAGGGCCCCAAGGUGGCAGGUCACACUAUCACUCUUGUUGGAGAUGAUAUUUACAUUAUCGGAGGAUAUGACCGCGUCAGGGGCUUCAGCGAGAGAUCUUACAAAUACAAUGUGAUCACUAAGGUGUGGGUGAACUUGACAACAAGCGGACCUUCCCCCAAAGGUGUGUAUGGACAUUCUGCUGUGCAUUACUCCACGUCCAGCAAGACAAUUAUUUUGGUGUUUGGUGGAUAUCGAUUCAGGAUUCACUCAGUCGCCGCUUCAGAUGAGCUUUACUCCUUUGAUCUGACAUCAAAGAAAUGGAGCAUUUUGCAGCCUAUGCCGUCCAAUGAGCCGAGUCCGAAAUACUUUCACUCAACAGCCAUUAUUGAUGAUCUUAUGGUUGUCUACGGAGGAAGGAGUAACACGUCAGAUCAGUUUUUCUCACGUCAACUUUGGUUUUAUAAUGUUAAAUGCAACUAUUGGCAUCUUUUCUCAGAAAAGAAUUUGGUCGGUAGCAAACCUGAGGGGCUUUUGUCUGCUGCUACAGUCCAGAUCGCUGGAAAAUUUUACCUUUUUGGAGGAUUCGACGGUCAAACUCAAGCAGACCUGUUUCGACUCACUCUUCCUGUUGAUCUGUGCCAAGGUUAUACUUCCAAAGAGAACUGCAGUGCUGUUAAGACCUGCAGCUGGUGUGAACUGAAGAAUGUCACGCAAGGGGGAAAUGUUACCUUACUCACCAAUAACAGUGCGUGCUACUCCGUGACGUCACCUUUACCAGCUGCCUGUUACGCCGAACCAAAUGUCACGCAGGUUACACUGUACAAUGGUACAGAAUGCUCUGACCAAUCAGAUCGCGUGUGCAGCUCAUUCUUCUCAUGCAGCACGUGUUUGGCAUCUCCAGUCCACACAAACCUUAAUCCAAGCUGUAAGUGGUGUGUUGGUUGUAGUACGGGUGGGAAAUGUAUAGGAUUGUCUGACGAUUGUAAUCAGGCGCACCCGUGCGCCCGAGCCACGCAGCAAGAGCAAUUAAACUCGGACUUCUGCGUUCCGAACAAUUGUGAAGCGACCUCAUGCUCGGCUUGCAUAGGCCUGCAAAACCAGUGCGUAUGGACGCCGCAGUUAAAAUGGCAAUCUGAGGUUCGAUUGGUGUUUUCAAUCGUUCCCCAUGCAUUCAGUUGGAACUGCUGGGGAAAUUUGCGAACAGAAGAUAUCGCAGCUAUCGGUAUUAAGGCAGUAACAACAAGCUCCUGUCCCCAGCCGUGUACAGCUCACAAUAACUGCACUGCCUGCCUCUCUUCACCAGGUGCCGAUGGCGCUUGGAAGGAAUGUGUCUGGAGUGAAACUUUAGGUCAGUGUUUCUCGCCAUCUGCCCUGCCGCUCAUCUGUUUGGCGGGACGUUGCGGACGAGUGCUGCGAGGAUCGUCUUCGAACUGCAUGGGAAACUGCAUUGACAGUAAUCAAUGCUCCCGUUGUUUGAGUAGUUAUAACUGCGGCUGGUGCGGAAAGUAUGGAACAACAGGAGAAGGGGAAUGUUUUGAAGGCGGACUGCAAGGUCCUCUCCAGCGUUCUUGUCCAGGAAGGAACGCUUCCAACCACGUGUCGCGUGUGUGGGCCUCUACUUUGUGUCCCCUGGAAAAUGAGUGCCUCAAUGGACGACACACUUGUAACAGGAUUACGCAGGACUGUGUGGACCUACCGGAGGCGUUCAAGUGUGUUUGUAAAGCGGGUUACAACGACACAGGGAACCCAGGAAUUUGUCUGCCAGUGUGUUCUAAAGGAUGCGUUCAUGGCCGCUGUGUCCGCCCAGAAGUAUGUGAAUGUGACUUUGGUUGGACCUCUACUGACUGCUCUGUCAAAUGUCUGUGUAAUGAUCACGGACAGUGUGCGAAUGAGACACAUCUGGAUGUCUGUUACGGUUGUCGGAACCACACAGUAGGUCAAAGCUGUCAGUUCUGUGAAGCUCUGUACGUUGGAGAUGCAAGAAACAACGGCAGCUGUGUAUCAUGCUAUGACGCGUGCAAUCAUCGAGCACAUGUGUGUAUGAACAAAACCGAUCUACAGCGUGGCCGGAAUCUGUCUCUGUCUUUUAACUAUUCAAAGGUGAAGGACUGGGUAAAGCAUGGACCGUACGAGAUUAAAUACGAAGAAGAGUGCCUGUGUCAAAACAACAGCGAAGGUGUUCAGUGUGAUUCGUGUGUUACUGGGUUCUUCGACCGCGAAGGCGAAUGCGUUAGAUGUUUGUGUAACGGACAUGCGGAUUCUUGUAAGGAUGACGGGAGAUGUCCUUGUGGCAACAACACAAUGGAAGACUGUCCAAACACAGAGGAUUGUUACAAAAAUCAGUGUGUUAAAUGUAAAGAAACCUUCAUGGGUAACCCAGUCAAUGAUCAGCAGUGCUACAGAAAAAUCAGCGUCAUGAAGGAGUUUGUGAUCGGUAAAAAAACAUCAGAGACCAGCGAGGAAACAGUAGAACCGUUACCACAUGGCCAAGCUAUUUUCUACGCUAUAUAUCCCAGGUUUACUAACGUGGAUAUUCGCAUGACUAUUGAUGUGUUCGAGGGAUCAGUCGAUGUUUUCGUUGCAGAUGAAAAUGACGAAUUCACAGUGACUCUUAACGAAACCUCUGGACAUCAUAAAGUGAAAAUCAAAUCACUUGCCUCGUCAAGCCGCAGACGAAAGAAGCGAGCAUCAGAACAAGACGGAGUUGAUAGCUACAGUGGUAACGAUAAGGUGAACGUAAAGGUAGCAUCAAGUACCGACCUAAACACCUUCGUUUCAUACCAAGAUAAUCACAAGGCACUUGUUAUUCGAGAUGUUAGGAGACGUCUUGUUCUGACAUUCCCUCACAUGUCACACUACCUGCGUGACACAAGAUUCUAUAUGGUGUUUGUUGGCCGUGACGGGUCUGGGACCAAAGGUCAGGUAUACUUCAGGCAGGACCUGUCCCAGAUUGAUUUGUUCGUGUUCUUUUCAGUGUUUUUCUCCGCAUUUUUUCUUGUGGUUUCUGUCAGCGUAUUCGGCUGGAAGAUCAAACAGUAUCACACACGAAGAAGAGUUAUCGAGGUGCAAGAGCAUCAGCUGAGAACGAUGAAAAACCGGCCAUUUGCAACGUACUCGUUUCUCUGUCAAAUGAAAAAGCCACAGCCAAGUCUUUGGCGUGUCAAACGUGACAUAGCUACUCUCCUAUUGCGUGACAGUUCAUCGGUCAAAAACAACCAUUUACGACUUAGGGACGUAAAGGACCGACCUGUUAUAGCCCCUGUUAGUCAAGAGCAUACUGCAGAUGGGCGCGCAUCCGUUACCACAGUAGUGUUUCAACUUCCGGGCAACGAAUGCUCUGAUUUUCAACUGAUGUUAGGUUCUUCCUUGACCGUCGUUUCUAAUCAACAUUCAGUUGGUGGUGAACAUCACAGUCGCAAUGGAAGAACAUUUGGUACGAGAAGGACAGUCACUUUUACUAAUUAAUUAUUUGUAUAUAGAGCAGUAAAUAAUGACAACUUUUUCCAGAAAAAGUUUUUCCGUUCUUAUUCGAAAGUUUAGGUCGUCACGCAACGCUUGACAGUCGCUGCGUGAUAAUCUAAAUCUUUCGAACGUACCCUCUGUCACGCAAUGCCAUAUUUACGUUUCCAUAGGUAGUUAGAUGAUGAAAUUGUACAGAGGAAAUGAAACGAUUUCGACCUUUGUCGACAGUCAGAUUCAACUCAUGCAUUCUAAAUAUACGCGAUUUUUCUUCUUUAGAUCCACUAUUUAUUUUUUUAAUUUUCCCAAUAUGUGACCACUUCAAAUAAAAUUUGUCGAGAAUGUUAUGUGGCAAAAAUCGGAAAUGAUGCGUAGCAAUGAAAUGAUUCAGUGAAUUUAAGUAGGUUUUGUAUUGAAAUCCGACUCAUCGCCGCUCCCCUAAAUCUCUCCGAGAUGUUAUUGUUUUAAAUAGGCAAUUCUAAGGGGAGGUGGAAGGAGAGAUGAUAACGUAACUACUAUACACAUUUUUAAUUAAAAAAUUAAAAACUCAUUUCAAAAAAAAAUGUGUCCUGGAGCUUGUAAAAAUAAAAUUCUUUGAACUCA